UCCUACUGGGGAUGUCUUGUCCAGCUUUUUUUCUUUGUCUUCUUGAGUGUAGGGGAAUUUUGCCUCCUCACUGUCAUGGCCUAUGACCGCUAUGUUGCCAUAUGCCACCCCCUGCACUACGGGACCCUCCUGGGCAGCAGAGCUUGUGUCCACAUGGCAGCAGCUGCCUGGGGCAGCAGUUUCCUCUAUGCCCUCUUGCACACCGCUAAUACAUUUUCACUGCCCCUCUCCCAGGGCAAUGCCAUAGACCAGUUCUUCUGUGAAAUCCCCUCAGUUCUAAAGCUCUCCUGCUCAGAUGCCUACCACAGGGAAGUUGGGCUUCUUGUGGUCAGUGCCUGUUUAAUCUUUGCGUGUUUUGUUUUCAUUGUGCUGUCCUAUGUGCAGAUCUUCAGGGCUGUGCUGAGGAUCCCCUCGGAGCAGGGACGGCACAAAGCCUUUUCCACGUGCAUCCCUCACCUGGCCGUGGUCUCCCUGUAUGUCAUUACUGGAAUGUUUGCCUACCUGAAGCCCCCCUCCAUCUCCUCCCAAUUUCUAGACCUGUUGGUGUCGCUUUUAUACUCGGUAGUGCCUCCAGCA